CCAAAAUCAAACUAAACCAAAACACUCUCUGUCUCACAGACACACAGUCUCGUCUCCUUCAAGCUUUUGCAAAAGGAAAGAGAGGGAUGGAUACGAUAAACCAAGGAAUAAGCUUGUUUGAUGAACCACAAAACGUCAUAAACCCUAAUAAUAAAAGCCAUCUAGGUUUUUUUUUCACUUUCCCUAAUCAAACAUUAUCUUCGUCUUCAUCUUCGAUUCUAGGCCACCACUCCUUAAACUCUUUCCUUCACAAUAAUUCAUCUUCAUUUGUUACUCAUCCUCAAGAUCCCAUCAAUCCCAUGGUGAAUCUCCCUGAAACCCUAAUCUCCACCUCUUCUCUAUCCUCAUCUAAGCAAAGGGAUGAUCAUGAUGGUAUUAUUAAUCUUGAUCAUCAUCGUCUUACCGGUGGUAUAUCAUCUCAAAGAACCUCUUUAAAUCCAUGGGCAUGGAGUAGUCAAGCAGGAUACGGAUACAGCAAGAACAACAACCAUAUAAGCGAGACUGAUGUAGAUCAUACUGAUGGUGAUGUUGGUGAUGGUAUUAAUGAUGAGGAUGAUCAUCAAAAUCAAUAUAUUCCUUGUCGUCAUAAGCAUAAUACGACGCCGUUAGGAGUAGUGUCUACCCUCAAGAUGAAGAAGCUGAAGACAAGAAGAAAAGUGAGGGAGCCUCGGUUUUGCUUCAAGACACUAAGCGAUGUUGAUGUCUUAGAUGAUGGAUAUAGAUGGAGAAAAUAUGGCCAGAAAGUUGUCAAGAACACUCAACAUCCCAGGAGCUAUUACAGAUGCACACAAGACAAGUGUAGGGUGAAGAAGAGAGUGGAGAGAUUAGCAGAUGAUCCAAGAAUGGUAAUCACUACUUACGAAGGAAGACAUCUUCACGCUCCUUCAAAUCAACUCGGCGAAGACUCUCUUUCCUCUCAACACUCUCCUAUCUCCAACUUCUUCUGGUGAUAUUCUGAUUUGUUUUUUUUUCUUUUAAUAAAAAACGAAUCAAUCCUACGUCGAACUCAUCGACAUAUUAAUCAAUACCUUCAUAAAAAUAAUAAAAAGUAAUAACUAUAUGUUCUUGCUGGUAAAUAGGUGUAUGAUGAUGUUUGUUUGUGUGGUGGUUAGGUUGGUGUUUUGUAAGAUGAUUAAUAUUUACCUUUUCAGUCUAAGGAUUAUAUAUGUGACUCCUUUAUUUAAAGAUGUGAUUGACAAAGUUCAAG